AUGAAGGAAGUGAGUUGGCAUCUUACACCAGACAAGACUGAAGUGAUGAAUAUACUGAAGCUUAGCUAUGACAGCUUGCCUCCAGGAUUAAAGCCAUGCUUUCUGUAUUUUGGAAUCUAUCCUGAAGUCUAUGAGAUCAGUGCAAGGCAAUUGAUCCAACUAUGGACAGCUGAAGGGUUCAUUCAUCCACAAGAAACUGGAGCUCCGAGUACAGCAGAGCUGGAAGAUAUCGGUGACUACUACUUGGAUGAGCUGGUGGAUCGCAGCCUGGUGCAAGUGGCAAGUAGGAGGAGUGAUGGCGGUGUCAGGACAUGCCGGAUUCAUGAUCUUCUCCGUGACCUCUGCUAUCUGAGAGCAAAUCCAAGUAGCAAAAAUGCUCGUGUGGUAUAUUCAAAGUCCAAAGGAGCAAUGAAUUAUUCACUACAUGGUACUUUUAAGACGAUGAUUCAUCUAGGGUAUUUGAGAAUAGACACUGGUGUCAGCCACAUUCCAGCUUCUAUAAGCAACCUUAGGAAUUUAGAAACGCUAGAUAUAAAAUAG